AUGCCCGCGAGAAAUACAGUGAUACCGUAUACAUGUGCUCGCUGUCUGCGGGUAUCUCAGAAAUAUGAAGCUCGCACAAUCCCUCCACGACUGCUCGCCCGAUCUUUCUCGCGCCACUCGCCACUUCGCGAUUCGCAACAAGAUGGCAAGGUGAUAAAGCAGGAGGAUCGAUCCUCUACUGGUGGACACGCAAGAGAGGAUGCACAAGAUGCUGCCUCGCAGUCAUUGGGGAAAGAAGCUGAGAAAGGAGCCAUGUCGAGACGUCUUGAGGAUGCGACUGAGGAUGCGCUCCUGGAAGGUGGAAGAGCUGGCAGAAAGGCAGUCGAGGAAGCUGGAUUCUCCGAGGAACUGAAGCAGAGAUUGCUGGAACGAAUCGAGUCGCAUAAGUUCAAAUCUGAAAAUGCUGCAGCGUUUGCGGAAGCUGGCUUGACGUCGAGUGCUGGCAGAGGCUCCCGAGAUAUUGCUGCGUCGCAAGCCUGGACAGGAGAAGAGAAGCCUGAAGACACAAUGUUGCGAAUGCUCGAUGAUGCUAGAAAGCCAUUGGCACCUGGGCUGCGAGGACCUGCGAAGAUACCAAGGCCGAUCGUGGAUAUGAGAUUGAGACCUCAGCCAAAGCUACGGCCUGGGGACAAAUUGGCAAACGCGAGGGAUAAAACGUCUAUCUAUGCCAUUUCGAAGGAUACACAGAUGUCUGAUGAAGAGCGGGAAAAGUUGCGGCAGGAAUUGAAGGAUCGUUUUACUCCAGGGGCGAGAGCCAUGCCAAAUUCCAUUCGUGGAUUAGCUGCGCUCGCGAAUGAGAGGAUUGAGGAUGCCAUAGCGAGGGGACAGUUCAAGAAUAUCCCACGAGGUAAGGCUAUAGUCCGAGAUGCGAGAGCUGAUAAUCCAUUUCUGGACACCACCGAAUACAUCAUGAAUAAGAUGAUACAACGUCAGGACAUCGUCCCACCAUGGAUCGAAAAACAGCAAGAGCUCGUCAAGGCUGCGAACGUAUUUCGAGCACGUCUUCGAAAUGAUUGGACUCGUCAUGCUGCACGAUCCAUCGCUAGCCGUGGAGGCUCUCUUCAAGAACAAAUGCGCAGGGCAGAGGCAUAUGCUGCGUCGGAGCAGUUGCACAAUCCAAAGAAAAGGGCCGUCGAACAAAUCUCCGUCCCAACGAAUGCUACGAGUGACCCUGUUAUGGUCAAGAUUACACAGGAAGCUUCUACUUCCACCUCUCCAACACCUCCACCCUCCGUCGAGGUUUCAAUAAACACCGAAAAUGGGGCAUUGAAACUUGCUGAGACUACUCUUAGCCAAGAUUUACGUGCAGAGAGUGCCAUAGUCACAGGAUCAUCCCCGGAGCCACCAGUCACUCGGUCGACUCUGCCUAGCCCACUGCCGCCGCCUUUUCGGAUGCCAGAAUGGGAGGCAGCGGAACAAUCGUAUCUCAGCCUUGCCGUCACUAAUCUCAAUAACAUUACACGGUCAUAUAAUUUGAUGGCGCCUAAUCUGGCUAAAAAACCUUAUUUCUCACUCGAGAGGGAACUCAAGUCUUGCUACGCGGACGUGGCUCCUAUUCUCGCCCAGGAAAUCAAACAUCGAGCCAGCAGACCUGCUCGCGAGCUGGUAGAGAAGGUAGGACAUAAACCUGGAGGCGUUCUCGAACGGUUUGCGAAGGAUACGGCGACGAUAUAUGAUUCCAAAAGACCGUUGUAUGGGUUUAAGGAGUUGUGGACUGAUUUGUUUGGUGAGAAAAGACCUUGA